CCAGGUCCGUGCCAUACAUUUAUGAGCAAGAUACAGUCUUCAAAAAAGUGCCUCUUCUGAAAUACGUUCUAGCCAAUUACACAUACUGUAAUGGGACAGACUACCCGCCCAAUGCUGGAUUCUGUAGCAAAGAUCAUGACCUGUGCGGUCCUUCAGGAAUUAUGAGACAAGAUCCAUGUCGCUUUGGAUCUCCAUCAGCAAUAUCAAACCCUCACUUCUUUCAGGGGGACCCAGCAUUACAUGAAGCAGUAGGGGGCUUGAACCCACAAGCUAAAUACCAUCAGCACUAUAUGGAAGUAGAACCAUUGAUGGGCAUGCCGUAUGUUCUGAAAAUGAGAUUGCAGAUCAGCAUGAUUACAUUGCCCUUGUGGAUGAUAACAGAGGUCAAGAAUGUUCGCAAUAUGGUGAUGCCAGUUUUAUGGUUUGAGCAGAGUGUUGAAGCAGAUGACACGAUAGUUGGAUACUAUGAAACAGGGUUCGUCUUAACAGCAUAUAUUGCCUUAAUCGUGAAGUGGAUCAUCUUUAGUAUAGGUGUUCUCAUGUGCAUUCUAACUGUCAUUUCCUGUGGUAAGCGAAUAGCUUACCCUUCAGUUGUUUCAGCAGAAGAAAAGGAUGAAAAGAUCAUUAAUCAAUCCGCAGGGAGCAGUUGCGACAUUAGCUCGGUGAACAAGGUUGUAGUAGAGGAUGCGUAGCAUACCCAAAGUCAGUGCUUCAUGUAUAACAAUUAAAGGGUCAUCGCAUUACUUCCUUAAGUUUUCAUGUGAAUUAAUUCUACCGAUGGAGGGAACUCGAGGUAAAUUCGGUUUGUCACAGGCGUAGUGGAGAGGUGCAAAUUAUCAGCUGAUUUUGUUUUGAGUUGACCUAAAAAACGCUCGAGGUUAACAAGAGGGUUUCCUGAAACCGCUGAGAAAGUGUUGCAGUAAAACUGCCAUAACUUUUGUAAAUGACCAUGAAUCUGAGUGAUAUUUAUAUUUUUGGAAAGAAUAACGAUUUCUUUGGCUGUUCGUCUUGUUAGUUUUGCCAUUUGUGGAGUAAAAAUAUGAAAAAAUGUCACAGAACUCUCCUUAAAAAAAUUCAAUUAAGUAGUCAAAAAAUUCGCUUAAAUAUCACAUUUUCAGGACUUCGACAUGAACAAAACUGAGGUAUGUCAGAAAGUAACUAUCAAGGUAACUUUGUGUGAAAAAUCAGUUCUUGUAAACACAGGGUACGGAUAUGUCUGGAAAUAAUCCAACUCCUUGUGAUUUUCAACCCAAGAAAUUUGUUUUCAUGCCAAGUCAGCCCACUGAAGACAAUGAUGCUAUCACCCAACUUCAGUCCUUGCAGUUGACCAGUGAAAUGUAACUUUUUGUAAGCUUCAUUUUAUCACUGAUCACAAUCAUGGUUUGCUGAUAAAGUAAAAGACAUAUGGAAUAGAGAAAAGUGGAUAUUUCUAUGCCUACCUUGUACUUUCAUUCAGCUCAGUAAGCAUGUAAACACUUGGACCCGGACGCACCAUAACAGAAUGGCUAGUGAUUGAUUACAGGGCUUGGGUUCCAAAGCUCAUUGCACUGGUUAUUGUGGAUGAUUAGCGAUACAAUCAAUUAUAACGUAGUGUGUUGUAGGGCCCAUCUCAUGGUGCGCGGGACUUGGGGUAUCAAAAACUCCUUGUUACUUUGUGUCAGAACCCCAUUUUCAUAUAGUGAUUUCUCAAGAAGUAAUUAGUCUUCGGUACAGCGAAAACUUGGCAUGCCAAUCCAUACAUAUCUCAUGAAUAUGCACAACAAAUCUCAUGAAUAUUCAAUGCGAGGUAUAGAUAUGUCUUGAAAAAGUUUGAGGGCACUAUUUGGAGACAACGAAAAUGAAAGUAAGCAAGAAAUUAAAAUCAUUUGAUUGUUUUUUAUUAUAUUUUCAGGAUAGAAUGAUAUUAUUUUGGAUAAUACCUAAAAAUUUGAGGAAAUUUAGUGUACAUGCUGCAAAAAUAUAAGCAAGUUAAUUUUUCAUGAAAAAGAAAUUCAAAACAAAUCGGGCGUUUUCGCCGAGUUGAUUGCACUCGUCCGCUUGGCCUGGUCAGGUAAGAAGAGAGCUGAUAUUUAAAUCCAUGACUCCAUGUAAACUGUGAACAGGAUUUGUUAACUCAGUGGCUACUGAAAUUCAGAGGUCCCUGUACAAUGCCUAUUGGAAUCUCAGAAUUCAGUAAUCAAUGGUUUAACAUAUGUAUAAUAUAAUGUAAGGAUGUGUAAUUGUACUACUUUUACUCGUACUACAGCCAUUGGUAAAUCAUCAAAGAAGUAUACUAACGCAAUCUAAUGUUCUUAAAAUGAUAGCACUGCUACUGCUAUUUUUAUUAGUACUGCUGCCAUUAUUAUGCAAUGAGUAUGCCAAUGCAAUCAAAAUUUGUAAAAUUAUGAGAGCACAAGAUGUGAAAGUGUUCUAUUACUAUUACUGCUAAUACUUCUGACAUGAUGAAGUCUCAGAAAAAAAGCUUGAGAUAUUGAUUUUUAGAAUGAUUGCCUGAAAUAUUGAGGUGUAAUCCUACUGCUAUCAUCUGGUACUGCUUGAGGUCAAGGAGAAAUUACUCUGACUUAUGAUGACCAAAGUAUCUCACAAAUUAUUGCAUUUAUUUAUGUGCUUUUUAAUGUGUAGAUAUUGAUAUAAUGUAUGCGGAGCCUUAUACCAAGACUACUAUAUGCUUGCCUUUAAUACAGAAGAUUGGAUAUAAUAAUGGGAGUAUGAUAUCAUUCAGUGGUAAUUUUUUCUAGUUGAAGUUGUUGCUGUUAAUUUUUUUUUUCUGGAGGCAAUGGGGAAGUUUUGUUUUUAAUUUUAAGAUCUAUCUGUCAUUUCCGAAUAAAAAAAAAGGUUUCUUGCUUGUUCAAUACUUCUACACAAUAGUUAUGCUGAGCGAUUCUGAACAUGACUUUUCUUCUAUGGAGGUAACUAUUUGAAUGUAUUUGUAUUGUGACUUAUAAUUUUGAUUAUAAAUUUGAGCUUUAAGUUUCAGUUGAUGCUAGACAGAAAUGCAUUAGAAAUAUGCUCAGGGCAUUAUCAGGGUUACAGAUUGUUUGACUGUAUGGAAAGAGUAUUUACCAACAUCAUUGAUUGCAUGAAUGUAUUGGUAAGUUAUGAUGAUAUUCCACCGGUUCAUUGAUAUGGUUGCUGUCACAUAGUGAUCCAUAAAAUGAUCUGUAAAUACUGUUACCAGCUGUGUGAUCAAUCACUAAGCUUUGUCUAAUUCGGUUGAUUCACAAUGCAGUGUGCCAUAUAUCAGUUACAGCAGACAGGCCAAUUUCUAACUUUGGGGUAGACAUCCGCAUGCAGGCGGAAGUAGCGCACAGUGCUAGUGUACUGUAAUGUGACUGUGAUCUUCGAAACUGAAAAUCAUAUGGCAAAAGCAGAGGAAGAAUUCACAGAAAAUGGUCUAAUUUUGCAAAGAAAUUUCUGUAUUUGAUUAGUCACAGUUAAAGUCUGCUUUCAGCUAAAUGCUGCUUUUCAGGAAGGCUGUGAACAACUGAAUUCAAAUAAUACAAAAAUGAAAAUGAGUUUACAAAAAUACUAACAAAACAUGAAAAUAAUACAAUUUGCAAAAGUUGAAAAAAAAUGAAAAUGAUAUGCAAAGUAAUAUCAAAUUCAAAACUAAUAAAAUAAAACAAGGGUAAGUUAAUAUAAUUCAGUUUUUACAGGGGUGGUCGGGGGGGGGGGGGUAAUUGGUUUAAGAAAGUGAUAUGAGACGUACCAAUGUAGACAGGUUUUGUCUUGCAUGCAUAGCAGAGCGAGACCUUAGGCAACGCUUUUCCGACACAUUGUUCUACAGAUCUGACCAAAUCAUUUAGAGUGAUUAUGAAAAGGAGGGGGCCUAGGAUACUCCCCUUAAAGGCACUCUGCUUUCUACAGUACAAAAACCUGACAUGUUACUAUUGACAAUCGUUGAUUGCUGCCUACCAAAGAAAUAAUCGCGGAAACAUUUUAAUACAUCUUGGACAAAUCCAAAGUAACAUAAUUUCUUUAAUGAUAAUUCAGACGAGAUCAAAUCAAAUGCCCUCUCCAGGUCUGUUAUAACCAUACCAAUAACGUAACCUCGAUCAAUUUUGUGAGUAAAAUCAUCAGUGAUAUUUAACAAGGCAGUGGUCGUUGAGUUGCCUGGAUGAAAACCAUGCUCUCAUGGAUCAAGCAAACUGUUGUUUGACAGGUAGAUAUACACUUGAUAAAACACAUUCUUUCUUAAAUUCUAAAACUUUAGACUGGGAGUACCGAGAUUGGUCUAUAGCAAAUAGACUACAGCAAAAUUUCCCUCCCACCUCUUGGACCCUGAGCAUAAUUUCAUGCAAGCCAGGCGUCGGCCAGCACAGCAUAAUCACAUGCAUGCUUGCGUCCGCAACAGAUGUUGACUUUUUCCCAUGAGGC